GUUUUUUCACGACACACCUAAAAUAUGUGAAUGAUGUUGUAUUGUACAGAGAGCUUCAAGAGACAACACGGCAAGCUGAGACUGAGUUGUGGGUGGCAACACAGACAAUAGGCGUUUCUGGUUCAUGCAAGUGUGAGAUUUAAAAAAAAAAAAAACAGGUCUGAAUGAAGUUUGAGACGGAGAAACUUUCUUGGUGCUAGUGAUUUCGUUUCGUCAGUCUGUAUGCUUGUUACGUAUUCAUAGAUAUUCAGUAACACAUGCAGCGUCAGGACUCUGUUGAUUAUUGAGAGCACUCGGUGGAGAGAGAGGGGGCAUCCGCGACUUCGUGUCUUGGCACGGGUGUAAUCAUUAGUACAAAACGUUUUGCAACGGGAACCAUUUACUACAAACGAAAACGUUUCGCAUUAAAACGAGACUUUAUAUUGGACAAAUCCAGCUAGGUCUCUCCCCGUUUCGUUCCGUUUGCUUCCGUUUUGGCUCCUAGUUAACAAUACACAACAGGCAAUGCUCUGACGUCACAAGUGAGACUCUCAACUAAAGCAAGCCUCAUCGAAUAUAUAUAAAUAUUAUGAUUCAAUCGGUGGAUAUACUUCCCGGGACAGAGAACUCUUUGUACGGAGCCAAAACCAUGAAAGCACAGGUGGCAGAGUAACCGCAGGACAUCGAGGCUGUUCUUUGCUGGGGUCCUCCCUCCAGACUAUUUCUCUCUUUCAUCCUCCCUUUCCCUUCACUCCCUUUCUCCACCUGCACAUCAGUCCCUCCAUUCUUCCUGGUCUCUUAACUCCACCCAGUGGCACUGCCAUCAUGCGUCGGUUCAGCUCCGAGGGGUCUCUACUCGAUAUGGAUGUCCUGCCGUGGAUGAAAGUACCCGUGAAGGGCCACAACUACCACAGCCGGGACGGGGAGUCAGGUACCUACAACCCCGACCUGGAAGGUGACGAACUGGAUGGGCGAACCACCUCUUUCCCACCUACCCCUCUCAUCGUGGAGCCUGGAGCCAGCCACGGGAGGGGGGAGUUGAGCAGGGAUCACAGCGUCAGUGUGGAGAACUUCACAGAACUGGGGAAGCUAGAGGGUAAGGUGUUUCUUGGAGUGGUGAACCUCAAUGAAGGAUGUAGGGCAUAUAGUGACGGACAGUUGGCGCAGGGGACGACGGGCCGCAGCACAGAGAGUGUGGGCAGUGACAACCAGCCACCGCCCUCUCCCUCGCUCUCAACCUCCAGCCCCUUGUCCUUGAAGUCACAGCAACGGUCCCACACCAGAGCCAAGCUGUCAGCAGCCAAGCUACACCUGAAGAGCCUGUUUGGGCAGAGUCCCCAUUCAUCACAUUCCAACCUGUUUAACCCAGAACAGAAAGAACAGAGAGACAGUGAUAAAGAGCGGAGGUCUCGCCUCCCAUUGAUGCACCAGUGGAGUCAGGUGGGCCACAGCAACGCCAAGUUCAGUCGGGUGGAACUUGAUAAGUGGGCUGAAUCGCUGGACGACCUCCUGGCCAGUCGGAUGGGUGUGUCUGUGUUUGGAGCAUUCCUUCGCUCAGAGUUUAGUGAGGAGAAUCUGCAGUUCUAUCUGGCCUGUGAGCAGUACAGAAACUCGUCCAACAACUUCAGCCUGCACAGACGGGCCAAGGCGAUCACUGCCACCUAUAUUGAUGCGGGAGCGCCGCGAGAGGUAUACAGCAUUCGUCUAUACUUGAAGCUGCCUUACCGGCCUUUCUAUCGGUUUAUCUGUAAAUGGGCUUCUCUUUAUCCAUCUACCAUUCUGUAAUCUUCUUCCUUCUGC